GAAUUAUUGUUUGUUGGAAGUUGAAAAACUUCUACAACAUCGUGGAAAGUCUCUAUUCUACUAUGACGGAAUGCCUCGAGUGACGGAUCUUGACAUUCCCUCUCUGGAUGAUGUUUUGAUACACGAGGAAUUGAGAUAUGACAGACUUGCUUUGGCGGAGGAACAUGGUAAAUUAAUUUCCGCCUUGACGGAGGAUCAAAGGCGUGUUUAUGAGACAAUAGUGAGUUCUGUAGAGGCCAACCGUGGCGGUGUGUUCUUCUUAUAUGGGCACGGCGGUACAGGGAAAACAUAUCUGUGGAAGACCUUAUCAGCAUAUAUAAGGCAUCAAGGAAAUAUUGUGUUGAACGUAGCUUCAAGUGCGAUCGCAUCAUUGCUCCUUCCAGGUGGAAGAACGGCACAUUCCAGGUUUAAAAUCCCACUCACAGCAGCAGAAGAUUCAACUUGCAACAUAAAGCCAGGAAGUGCACUUGCGAAGCUAAUUCAAAUGACGAAAUUGAUUAUUUGGGACGAGGCACCCAUGAUUAAUAAGUACUGCUAUGAAGCUCUUGAUCGAACCAUGCGGGAUAUUCUUCGACAUUCAUACGGUUGUGAUGGGAGCAAACCUUUUGGUGGAAAGACAAUUGUCUUUGGCGGAGACUUUAGACAGAUUUUACCGGUAAUUCCAAAGGGUAGCAGGCAAGAAAUUGUG